GGAAGAUGAUCGUGAUGUUCGAACACAAGCGCAAAAAGACUGGUUUUCUUGUCCAAUUGGGCCAUUUGUGUCAUGGGUACUUUUGUGGUUGAUUUGGUGUGUUUUAAGAUCAAAUUGAUGUAUCAAUUAUAAUGAUAUGUUGUAAGCCUUAGGGCAGAGGCACCCUACUUCUUAGGUUGUGGGAGCCAUUCUGUUGGCCAGGUUGCAGGGACAAAGACGUUUCUUGGAUGGAUGUAUAUAAAUGUUGGGGAAAUUGUACAUGUUAAUUGAUGUUUCCUCAUACAUUAAUUCCAGAUGAAAACGUUCCAAUGAUCUUUGUAUGUGGCACAGUUCUUGUACUUUUGAACUGACUGUAUGUAAGGGCCUAGGUUUGCUUAGGGAUGGUAGGGACAUAACCAGUGUUGGGAAAGUUCAUUUUCUACAUGAACUAGUUCAAAUUGCAGUUCACAAAUUUUAAAAUGAACUGUUCAGUUCGUAGUUCAUAAUUCAAAAUUUUGAACUAAAGUUCAUGGUUCCAAAAAAUGAACUGUUGAAGUUCAGUUCUUUUUGUUCGCCAAAAAUUGUUGCAAGCUAUUAUUGGCAGUCUCCAUAUAGAACCACAGACAGCAAUUCAUGUAUCCUUUUAAACACUGAAACUAUGUGUCGGAUUCAUCUUCAUAUUCAAUUUCAAAUCCUUGUAUAACCAGGGUUUACACUAGCAGUGAGGGGGCAGCCCUCAGAUUACUGGGAUUUCCAUGAUGCUUUGCUGCCACUCAGUCCGUCCACACAUUAGCAGCUCUACAGCUUUUAUCUACAGUAUAUUUUCAUAAGCAUAAGCAAAACCUUGCUGUUUAAAUGAAUCUGGUAUGCUGUUAGCGGUAUUUGGGUGGCAGAGGUACUGCUCUGGCCAACCGUUGCAGUCUCUUUCUUAAUCGCACAUGCUCGCAGUCGCAGAUACCUAGCAAGGCUUGUCGCAUGCUUUAUUUCGAUGUGCCGUUUAAGGUUGGCUAAAGACGUUACCGACGUACGGACGGUCUUCUUCAAUCCAGGUGGACAAAGUUUACAAGUGAACGUUAUAUUUUAGCCAUCCGACGUAUGACGUAUUUGCUUAAACCAGGGGUGUCCAAACUUUUUGCAAAGAGGGACAGAUUUGGUGAGGUAAAAAUGUGGGGGGCCGACCUUGGCUGACGUCCUUUACGGAGAACAAUAUAUUUAAGCAAAUUUUAGCAAGCCAUUCAGUGUGUCACAUUUACUUUAUUAUUUUUUUAAAUUGAAUAAUUUCAACAAUCUUACAACUAGCCUUUGUGGCGUUCUCUUGCGACUUUCGGCCUCUUGCGAAAUACUGAUGCUGUGAAAUUAAACUGGCUCCAAGUUGCUUCAAUUUCUCGCUGCGAAUCUUCCCUGUAAUCUUGCCGUACAUGUCAGCGUGUCUUGUUUGGUAAUAUCGGCUAACAUUGAAAUCUUUAAAAACAGUGACUGUCUCUUUGCAAAUGAGGCAGACACAGUUGUUCCGUAUUUUAGUGAUGAAAUAGUCCAAUUUCCACCUAUCCUUGAAGCGUCGGCCGUCACAGUCAACUUUCUUUUUUUUGUUGAUUGUCACCAUUUUAGAAAAUGGAAGUAAUAGGUCACACGGGGUAAUGUUGCUUAGCCCUUCAAUACCUGCAACACGAAGCAAUUAUCAGAGAAUCCCAAAAUUUGAAAAAUAAGGUCCUAAUGAAACUAUUUUUUCAAAUUUGUAAAAAGAAAAGUCAAAAUGAAUAUGUGUAAUAAGCGCUCUAAUAUUCAUAACCCAUGCUAAGUCAUGUUUUUUUUCUCAUAGAACCUGCAAAUGCAUGUGUUGAGUUGCAUCCAUCAUUUUUGUUUGUUUUCAAAAAGAAAUGUCAAAAUUCUAAAUUAGUCUCAAAAUAAGGAAAUUUUAGGUGUAUCAAAUGUGAUACAUUUGGCAAUAAAGGGUUAAAGUGCUGCUGCCUUUUAGUGGGUAAAUGAGGAGCAGCAUUUCGUGUGUAAGCUACUUCAUAUGCUGGUUGCAGUACUGCUGACCAAUUUAUUAAGUCUGUGUGCGGGCCAGUCGUUAUUGAUUUUACGACAGAGGCUGGGGGCCGGAUGAAAUUUGACCACGGGCCGCAUUUGGCCCCCGGGCCGGACUUUGGACAUGUCUGGCUUAAACAAUACGGCCGUGACAGGCAGCUUGGGUUGCCAGGUUGGACAGUUUUCUGCUAUUAAGGUUAAUUUUUUUUAUUGUGUGUUUUUAGCCUAUGGCUUUAUAUGCAGUUUUGUUGGUAAGGCUCUAAAUGUGAUGAACUCAUGAACGAAGUUAUGAGCACUGCUCACAACUGCUAGAAUGAGCGCGUUCACAGUCAGUAACGUUCAUGAGACAGAAAUAUGAUGCGUUCAAUUCACGUUCGCCCAAAAUGUGAACGUGUUCAUGAACGAUCGUUCAUUAAACGCGUUCAUGCACAACACUGGCUCCUACCCCUGAUCGAAUAAAGGAGUAGCAGUGUUCAGAAGAAGCUGAUCUAGCUGAGCACUUUGAGCUGUACAUCUGGUGCCAGCUUCUCUCCAGAAAGACCAAACAUAACUCCAAGUCUGUAUUUCUUAUUGGAUGAGAUAAAUCUAAGUUGGUUGGGGGCUCGGCGAACUUCUCUGGACUCUUGAGAGGAAAAACAGCUGUUAUAACAGGAGACUAAAUAUGAACACAACACAAACCGCAAUAAGGCCUGCACAAUAUAUUGUUUGAAGAUCACAUUCGCGUUGUGUCCAUGCGCAUUAGUCCCACGCAAACUUUUGUUUUGCUUCAUAAAAGCAGGGAGCUUUUAUGCUUUUACACAGGACAAAUCUUGUUGCGCGGAGUUGUCUUCAUUUUCCACAUAGUCGAGGGCUUUUGUGACCAGCCAUUCGAAGGCGGUGACAUUUUUGAGGUUGUGACGCUCUUUAGUCAGACCCUUGGCCACGCCGGUCACGUCGUACGUUACGUUGGGACGAUCCCACACGGACAGCUUCAAGCUGGGACGCUUGGUGGAAAUACUGGUGUCCACUGAAGAUGGCUGCGGCUCCAAAGGAAGCACAGGUAACUUGACAGGAUCUGUCUGCGGGAUUUUCACCAGAAGUCUCCUCGGCGUGUCGCGCUUGUCGAACAACAUUGACGUGUUUUGCUUUUUGGCCACUGGAGAAUGCAGUUCUGCCGGUCGGAGACUGAAAAGGAGGCAAAAAUGUGCAGGAUGAAAGAGUUGGUGGCACUUUUGCUUGUGGCUGUGCAAAUUCAAAACGUCAAGCCCGUGAUCCACACGCUGAAGUAUAUUGAGACUGCGUCGUCACAAAUUCCAAACUUCCCCGAGUUCUUGAGUGUCGGUUAUGUUGACGGUGUUCAGAUUGUUCACUACGACAGCAAGAGCAGGAAAUUAAGACCCAAACAGGACUGGAUGAAGAAAAUCACAGCCGAGGAUCCAACCUACUGGGAGAGAAACAGAGAGCUCCUUAUUCAUUCAGAGCAGGUCAACAAAGUCAGCCUUGAAACUGCUAAAGAGCGCUUCAACCGAACUGGAGUUGUUAACAUGGUUCAGGUGAUGUAUGGCUGCGAAUGGGACGAUGAGACCGGCGAGGUGGACGGUUGGGAACACCACGCUUACGACGGAGAAGACUUUAUAUCGUUUGAUUUGAAGGGACUGAGGUGGAUCGCGGUCAAGCCACAAGCUGUCGUCACCAAACACAAAAGCACGUUCGCAAUGGGAGGGACUUCCUCAUGAGAACAGAGCUUCCGCGGAUCUCCCUGCUGCAGAAGACGUCGCGGUCGCCGGUGACCUGCCAUGCCACGGGUUUCUACCCCAGGGAGGCCGUCCUGUUUUGGAAGAAGGACGGCGAGGAGCUCUUUGAGGACGUGGAAAUGGGCGAGAC